UUCGGUACAUUUUUUCCAAACUCCGUACAUUUUUCAACAAAUUUUAGUACAAUCUAAAAAACCCUGCGGCAGCCGGCAACACUGCUCGUGUUUCAUUUGACAGUUGAUGGCUGUUUGAUAAUUUUUGUGUUCCUGUUGUGUGUAUUUGCGUUAUUCUCUUGUUAGUAAUAUUCUUUGCAUUCUCUUAUUAGUAAUAUUCUCAAACUUUUGUUGUGUUGUGAACAAAUAGACUGAAAAUGUGGGCUAUUUGUGCUUUUCGCAACUGCCGUUAUAACUUCGGCUCUGGGAUAUCUAUGUUUGGUUUCCCGAAAGAUCCUGAGCGGGCAAAACUGUGGUUACACGCUUGUCGUCGUACUGACCUGCUACCCAAGCUAAGUAGUUUAUCUAGAUCUAAAUACAGGCUAUGCGAAAGUCAUUUCGAGGAUAUACAUAUUUCCAAAAGUUGCUUGCAAAAGAAGCGCCUAUUUAAAAAUGCUGUUCCGUCCAUCUUUCCGGGAAGAGUACUCUAUAAAACAGCAAAGGAGAAGGUUUCUAAAGAAAGUAAAGUAAAAUCUCCUGAGAGGAACCAGCAAAUCGAUAUAUUAGAAGAUACCACAAUUGUGCCGAUACAAGACAAAAAAAAUGGUACUUCUGCCAAUAGUAGCUGUUCAAAAGGGCGACUAUUUAAUAAUGGCGUUCCGUCAAUGUUUCCAACAAGGAUAGUCCAAGAAACCCCAAACGAGGUUUCUACAAAAAGCAAAAUAAAAUCUCCUGAGAGAAACCAGAAAAUCCAUAGAUUACAAGGUACGAAAAUUGUGCCGAUACAAGACAAAAAAAAUGGUACUUCUGCUAAUAGUCACUGUUCAAAAAGACCCCUAUUUAAUAAGGGCGUUCCAUCCAUCUUUCCAAGGGUAGUCGAAGAAACUCGAAAGGAGGAGGUUUCUAAAAAAAGUAAAAUAAUAAUACCUCCUGAGCGAAACCAGGAAACCCAUAUAUUACAAGAUAAUAAAAUUGAGCCAAUACUAGACAAAAAAAAUCGUACUUCUGCCAAUAAACCAAAUUCACUAAAUAUUUAUAUUGGUAAGUUGCGUCAUGUUAUUAUUGUUGUUUCACCAGAUGAUUAAUUAAAUUUCUCACAUUUCCAAAUAGACCAUCAAUUUUCUGACUUUAUUUCAAAACUUAUUUGCAAACAAGUACAUGUUUGAUUUUGACAUAUUUUCUUUAACUUUUUUAUACAAAGUCUAUGUAUAUGUUCAAAAAAACAUGAAUAAAA